AUGGCUGAAUUUAUUCGAACAGAAAUUUUUGGAACGUGCUUUGAGAUAACAAGUAGAUAUGCUGAUUUGAAUCCAGUCGGAAUGGGAGCUUUUGGGCUUGUUUGCACACCAGUUCUUGCUAAACGAACAUACCGGGAGUUGCGAUUGCUUAAGCAAUUGCAACAUGAAAAUCUUAUUAGUCUCCGUGACAUAUUUAUCUCUCCAUUAGAAGAUAUUUAUUUCGUUACUGAGCUACUUGGCACUGAUCUUCAUAGGCUACUAACAUCUAGGCCUCUCGAAAAACAAUUUAUUCAAUACUUUUUAUAUCAAAUUUUGCGAGGUUUAAAGUACGUUCAUUCUGCCGGAGUAGUUCAUAGAGAUUUGAAACCUUCUAAUAUUCUUAUCAACGAAAAUUGCGAUCUCAAAAUUUGCGAUUUUGGUUUAGCUAGAAUCCAGGACACACAAAUGACUGGUUAUGUUUCAACUCGCUAUUACCGUGCACCUGAAAUCAUGUUGACUUGGCAAAAAUAUGACACUGAGGUAGAUAUAUGGAGUGCUGGUUGCAUAUUUGCAGAGAUGCUAGAAGGAAAACCUUUGUUUCCGGGGAAGGAUCAUGUUCAUCAAUUUUCUAUUAUUACAGAGCUUUUGGGUUCGCCUCCAGAUGAUGUCAUUGAUUCUAUCGGCUCUGAAAAUACCCUGCGAUUUGUACGAUCUCUUCCAAAGAAAGAGCCGGUGUCAUUUGCUACAAACUUCAAAAACGCAGAUGCUGAAGCCAUCGACCUUCUCGAGAAGAUGCUUACGUUUGAUCCUAGAAAGCGAAUAUGUGCAGCCGAUGCUCUGGCUCAUCCAUAUCUGGCGCGCUACCAUGAUCCUAAUGACGAACCGACAGCUGCCGUGGCAUUUGAUUGGUCCUUCAAUGAAGCAGAUUUUCCGAUUGACACCUGGAAGGUCAUGAUGUAUUCCGAAAUUGUUGAUUUUCACAAGGUUGAUCAUGCAACUCUUCAACAUGACCUUAAUGGAGCACCGAUUCAAACAGAGGCUUUGCGGUAA